AUGGCACGAACCAGAGGCGCUAAGUCUUCCUCUCCGUCCAGCCGAAAGCCAGCGCCGCGCGAGGCGCCUGUGCAAGCUUCAACCUCUGAGCCUCCACGGCCAGAAGUUGUUUCGCCUCCUGUGAAGCCCACGCCAAAGAAGCGCCAGGCCAAGCCGACAUUGCAAACGCCUCCGGCGAGGCGCUACCUUACCAGGUCAGGGGGCCGUCCCCUGCAAAAGCGAGCUAGAGUGGAAAGCUCGGAACCCAUCGACUUGACAGGGCAGUCCCCUGUUCCAUCUCCAGAGCCAUCUCCGGUGCCAUCUCCGGCACCGCCGGCGAAGCCUCAAGCAAGCCAGCCGCCACCUUCUGAGCCCCAAAUUCCGUCUGGGCCAGCUCCUGAAGCGAUAAUCAGGCGUCCAAUGCUCACUCAGCCACCAAUUGAAGGCAAUUUGGACUGCCGAGCUCGGCCAUUCCAUUCUGAGCUGUGUUUUGACACAGCCGCCUUCCAGUUGCGGCCAGAGCUUGAAGGAUCAUUCCAAUUGCUGCGCAGAUAUCGAAUGGAGCAGCUUCUGACCCCACAUGGCAUCCUGGGAGCUCGUCAUAUAGCUGAGGCCCUGCAUAUCCCAUAUGAGCCCAGCCAUUUUGAUGAUUUCGAGCAUGGGCUAGCCCUUCUCAGCUGGAGAUGGUGCAUAUCCUGUCCAGGGGAGCUUCCAGAAAUCCUCAUCUGUUGA